ACCCACUUUAUCCUCUUCCUCAACAUCAUCACCAGCUUAAUUUCUGGAGCAAAUUAAGAUGGGCAUAAAAAAAUCAAACAAAGUCUCACAAGCAGCAGUGUUGAAACAAAUGAUGAAAAGAUGCUCCUCAAGUAUAGGCAAGAAAGACGGUUACGACGUCCCCAAAGGCCAUUUUCCGGUGUACGUGGGUGUUAACCGAAGCCGAUACAUCGUUCCGAUUUCCUUCUUAACUCACCCUGAGUUCCAACAACUCCUCCGUCACGCCGAGGAGGAGUUCGGUUUUCAUCACCACAUGGGCCUCACUAUCCCAUGUGAGGAGCUCGUUUUCCGAUCUCUCACCGCCUCCAUGCUCCGAUGAUAAUAGAACAAACACUAUGCUAUGUCUCAGUUCCUCUGCAGUAGAAGACAAAUGUGAUUCAAAAUGAAGCUGCGUUUUGCAAUCGCUUUAUUUUAUUUUUUAAGGCUCCUCACUUUCCACUGAGAAAGUGAAUUUCCUUUUUUAACCAU